UGUUGUGACUUGAGCCGCGUUGAUUGGCCAGCGUCCGGCGACGUCACCAAUUGUCACGACCAUUCACAACAAUAAACCUGAGAGCGACGCGUGGGGAGCGAUCAUUUAUUAACAUCUCACAACUCAUCAACAUCUCAUUGUGACGCAAACACGAUGUCAAACUCGGGUGGUCGUAGACUGAAGCAGUGGCUGAUUGAGCAGAUCCAGAGUGGACAGUACUCUGGGCUCCUGUGGGAGGAUGGGAACCGAAUCAUGUUCCGAAUUCCAUGGAAACACGCAGGGAAACAGGAUUACAACCAAGAAGUAGACGCAUCGAUUUUUAAGGCAUGGGCCGUAUUUAAAGGCAAAUUCAAGGAAGGCGACAAGGCAGAGCCAGCAACUUGGAAGACCAGGCUGCGUUGUGCGCUCAAUAAAAGUCCUGACUUUGAGGAGGUGACAGAAAGGUCUCAGCUGGAUAUCUCGGAGCCUUAUAAAGUCUAUCGAAUCGUACCCGAGGACGAGCAGAAACAGGGAAGAAGCUCCAUGAUGCCGGUGGCAGCUGCCAGCAGCUCUGGUGAUAUGACUGACAUGGACUGCAGUCCUACAGACAUAGAGGGGCUCAUUAAAGAGGAAGAAGGCUGCAGGAUCCAGGCCAGUCCCGAGUAUUGGCCUCAGACUAGUGCCAGUGCCUUCUCACUGCAUCAGGACCCGUUACCGUCUGGCACUCUCAGCUCAGCUUUCUCCCAAAUGAUGAUCUUCUUCUACUACGGAGGCAAGCUGAUGAACAACACACUGGUGACUCAUCCCGAAGGCUGUCGCAUCUCCCCGGCCCAGCAGCACCUGGGACGCGGCGCCCCCUACUGCUCGGACAGCAUGCAGAGCGUUUACUUCCCCUCGGCUGAACUCAUCGAGUUUGAACGGCAGCGCCACGUGACCCACAAGCUCCUGGGCCACUUGGAGCGAGGACUUCUGCUGCGGGCUAAUCAGGAGGGCAUUUUCAUCAAGAGGCUGUGCCAGAGCAGAGUCUUUUGGAGCGGACUGGCCGACAUAGGCUCACAUUAUAGCCCGGUGCCUUGUAAACUGGAGAGGGAUGCUGUGGUGAAGAUUUUUGACACUGGGAAAUUCCUUCACGCACUGCAGCUGCACCAGGAAGGUCACCUUCCAGCUCCUGAGCCAACUGUGACUUUGUGUUUUGGAGAGGAGCUUCAUGAUCUUGGCACUGCCAAGAACAAGCUGAUAAUCGUGCAGAUCACGGUGCUGAAGUGUCAACAGCUGCUAGAUGCGGUGAAUUUACACCGCUCGCAGCCUUACUGCGCCAACAUGGAGCUUUGCGAUGACGUCUCAGCAGAGCAGAUGGCCAACAUCUACCAGGACCUGUGCAGCUACAGUGGUCCACAGAGGUCCGCCUGCUACAGGGACAACGUGCCCAUCACAGCCUGAAGAUGUACCAGAGUGCAUAUGCAACUUGUUAGGAACAUUCUUUGUUUGGGUCAUAUUCUCAGACUCUGAGCUUCUUCAUAAUGUUAAAAUGUCCAUAAUUUUGUAGCGUGUUGCUUUUUGUAUUAUAUACAAAAAGGGAAGUGGAAACUUAACACGCCAACCCUCCUCCUCAUUAUUCCACUGGACUUGAGUAGGAUUUAAAAAAAAAAAAAAAAAGUACAUUUAAACUGGCACUCACUGACCAUAGCAUAGAUACACAUUUACAAUCAUAUGAGAUCAAAUGCAAGUGCUAUUAACUUUAUUUUUUUUAACUUCAUUCAUAGAGCACUUAAGAACAUGCUAUACAUUAAUGAAACCAAAGAUAAAACAUAAAACACAAAUAAUAGUAAUAAUUCAUACAAUAUUCCUUUUAAAUAAUAAUGUAAUCUUUAAAAACAUAAAAACCAGUCAGUGACAUCAAAACACUCCUGCAGCGCCUCCUCUGUGUAUUUUUUUUGUUUUUUGUUUUGUCUCAUGUGAACAGACACACACAUACACACACACACACACAAGUUUUAUUUACUGAGUGAAGAAAUUCAUGAAUUGAUGUGAAGAUGCUGCGCAUUGAAUGUAAAAUAGGAAUUUUCUUGACUGACUACAUUUCUGCAGUUACUGUGAUUUAGAUGCAGAGUGGCAUAUUAGAUAUAGGUUUUACUAUCAUCAUGCCCUUUUGUAUGUCAUUUUUAUAUUUUUUAUUAAAAUCAUAUUUUCAAUAAACUAUACCUGUUUUGUUA